AUGUCUCAGAUGGGCCGUGAGCUCUUUGAGAGGAGCAUGGAUGCUCCCCUGGACCCUGGGAUUUCGCUUCUGUCUGAUGACAGCAAUCCACCUGGUGGCGGCCUGAAGUCAAGCACUCUCCGUGUGUGGGUUCGCAAUGAAACUGCAGCCAAUCUCGGUCUGAGUCCAGGCCGUCCGGCUGCAGAUGUUGAAGCCUGGCAGCAGCACAGACCAAGAUCAGCGGGGACGCAUCAUGCGUGCAAGCGAGUCUCUUCCAGGGUCACCCCACGAACACCCAAAACUGGCGGACAGCAUGUUCCUCAGGGGCGUUGCGCACAUUGCAGCCGUUUCCACAUGAUCUCAGACCACUCGUCACACGAUGACAUAGUACGAAACCUUCGGCGAUGUGGCUACUCUAUCUACUGCCAUCCCUAUAAGAUUUCCUUGCCCGGCCCCGCAACUCGCAGCUUUGCCAUGGAAAGCUUUCUUGACAUCAUCGAUGACCUCCACCAGCAGCAGCUGAAUCUUGCAGAGGAGCAGCAUUCGGUGCUGCGGCAGGCUGUCCUCAACCAUCUCCAAUCCGAGCCUUUGGAGACAAAGCCCGCGACCCCUCUUCAUGACUGUGCGCGGCUACAGCUGCCCAGUAGUAGAGCAGGCAACCUUUCACCUUUUUGGGUGAGUAUAAUCCCCUUAUAA